GGUGCCGGCGCAGCGCGGCGUCUGCGUGAGGGGUGGCCCAUGCCCGUCCGCCGCCGCCGCAGCCCUGAGCCGGCCGCCCCGGCCUCAGCAUGCCGACCAGGGCCGGCCUCGACACGGCGCUGAGGAUGUCCCUGCGGCGGAAAUCCUCCAAGAUCCACUCCUCGGCCGGACCGGUGUGUUCCCCCACGGGCUACAAGAAGGCAGAUGAUGAGAUGUCCGGAGCCACGUCCUCGGCGGAUCUGGACGAGGCGCCAGCCCGCACCAUUUACGUGAACCAGCCCCAGCAGAGCAAGUUCCGCGACAACUGGGUCAGCACAGCCAAGUACAGUGUGGUGACUUUUCUACCUCGAUUCCUGUAUGAGCAGAUAAGAAAAGCUGCAAAUGCGUUCUUCCUCUUCAUUGCCUUACUGCAGCAAAUUCCAGAUGUCUCUCCGACAGGAAGAUAUACCACCUUGGUGCCAUUGCUAUUUAUUUUGACAGUUGCUGGCAUCAAAGAAAUCAUAGAAGAUUAUAAAAGACAUAAGGCAGACAGUGCAGUGAACAAAAAGAAAACAGUAGUUCUAAGAAAUGGGAUGUGGCAGGACAUCGUGUGGAAAGAGGUAGCAGUAGGCGAUAUUGUGAAGGUCACCAAUGGGCAACAUCUUCCAGCAGACAUGAUCAUUAUAUCUUCCAGUGAACCUCAAGCCAUGUGCUAUAUUGAAACAGCUAAUCUUGAUGGGGAGACGAAUCUUAAAAUACGACAGGGACUGUCUCUAACUGCUAGUCUCCAGUCAAGAGAAGAAUUGAUGAAAGUAUCUGGAAGGAUAGAGUGUGAAGGACCAAACCGUCAUCUCUAUGACUUCACUGGAACCUUACGCUUAGAUGGUCAAAGCCCAGUUCCAGUUGGUCCAGACCAGAUCUUGCUAAGAGGUGCACAACUGAGAAACACUCAGUGGGUCUUGGGUAUUGUUGUGUAUACAGGAUUUGAUACAAAACUCAUGCAGAAUUCAACCAAAGCACCUCUGAAGAGAUCAAAUGUGGAGAAAGUAACCAACAUGCAGAUCCUGGUUUUGUUCUGUAUUCUCUUGGUGAUGGCCCUUGUGAGUUCUGUAGGUGCCUUAUUAUGGAACAGAACACAUGGCGAAGUUGUGUGGUACCUUGGCUCCAACAAAAUGCUGUCUGUCAACUUUGGGUACAAUCUGCUGACAUUUAUUAUCUUGUACAACAACCUUAUUCCAAUCAGUCUUUUGGUGACGUUAGAAGUUGUCAAAUUCACUCAAGCUCUUUUUAUAAAUUGGGACAUGGAUAUGUAUUAUCCUGAAACAGACACACCUGCAAUGGCUAGAACCUCAAAUCUUAAUGAGGAACUUGGGCAGGUAAAGUACCUGUUUUCAGAUAAAACAGGUACUCUAACAUGUAAUAUCAUGAACUUCAAGAAAUGUAGUAUUGCUGGAGUGACAUAUGGUCAUUUUCCGGAGUUGGAAAGAGAACGUUCGUCAGAAGACUUCAGCCAGCUACCUCCUCCUACCAGUGAAUCGUGUGAAUUUGAUGACCCAAGACUGCUGCAAAACAUUGAAAAUGACCAUCCCACAGCUGUACACAUACAGGAGUUCCUCACUCUGCUGGCUGUAUGUCACACUGUAGUUCCUGAGAGACAAGGAAAUAAAAUAAUCUACCAGGCCUCCUCUCCAGAUGAAGGGGCUUUAGUGAAAGGAGCAAAAAAGCUUGGUUAUGUCUUCACAGGAAGGACUCCACAUUCAGUUAUCAUUGAUGCGCUGGGAAAAGAAAAGACCUUUGAAAUUCUUAAUGUUCUGGAAUUUUCCAGUAACAGGAAGAGAAUGUCUGUGAUUGUUCGAACUCCAGCAGGACAACUACGUCUCUACUGCAAAGGAGCUGAUAAUGUAAUUUUUGAGAGGCUUUCGAAAGAUUCCCAGUAUAUGGAGCAAACACUGUGCCAUCUUGAGUACUUCGCUACAGAAGGUCUCAGGACUUUGUGCAUUGCUUAUGCCGAUCUGUCAGAAAACUCUUACAGAGAGUGGCUGAAUGUCUAUAAUGAAGCCAGUAUACUUUUGAAAGACAGAACUCAGAAGUUGGAAGAAUGCUAUGAGAUCAUUGAGAAAGAUUUACUGCUUCUUGGAGCUACAGCCAUUGAAGACCGCCUGCAAGCAGGUGUUCCUGAAACAAUAGCCACAUUAAUGAAGGCAGAAAUUAAGAUAUGGAUUCUGACAGGGGACAAACAGGAAACAGCUCUCAACAUAGGGUACUCUUGCAGACUCAUUUCACAGAGCAUGUCUCUCAUCCUGGUCAAUGAAGAUUCCCUAGAUGCAACAAGAGCUUCUUUGACUCACCACUGCAACAGUCUGGGGGACUCCUUGGGCAAGGAAAAUGAUAUUGCUCUGAUUAUUGAUGGCCAUACACUGAAGUAUGCCCUUUCAUUUGAAGUCAGGCAGAGCUUUCUGGACUUGGCACUCUCCUGUAAAGCAGUCAUUUGUUGCAGACUUGCAGUCUCAAUGAAGUUACAAAAAAGUUUGACCCAGGGCUAUCUUCAGUUAAGUGGAUUAACUUCUGAUGGACAUUUGGCAGCGGUCGGAGUAUCUCCUCUACAGAAGUCUGAAAUAGUAGACAUGGUAAAGAAACACGUGAAUGCCAUAACACUUGCCAUUGGGGAUGGUGCCAACGACGUGGGAAUGAUCCAGACUGCUCAUGUUGGAGUAGGGAUCAGUGGCAACGAGGGCAUGCAGGCAACCAAUUGCUCGGAUUAUGCCAUUGCACAGUUUUCCUACUUGGAGAAGCUGUUGUUGGUCCAUGGAGCUUGGAGUUACAAUCGAGUUACCAAGUGCAUACUCUACUGCUUCUACAAGAAUGUGGUUUUGUAUAUUAUUGAGCUUUGGUUUGCUUUCGUUAACGGAUUCUCUGGGCAGAUCUUAUUUGAGCGAUGGUGCAUUGGUCUGUAUAAUGUGAUUUUCACAGCAUUGCCACCCUUCACGCUGGGAAUUUUUGAGCGGUCGUGUACUCAAGAUAGCAUGCUUAGAUUUCCACAGCUAUACAAAAUUACUCAGAAUGCAGAUGGGUUCAACACAAGGGUUUUCUGGGGUCACUGCAUCAAUGCCCUGAUCCAUUCCAUCAUUCUCUUCUGGUUUCCACUGAAAGUACUGGAGCAUGAUGCAGUAUUCACAAAUGGGCAGGGAAUCGACUAUUUAUUUGUUGGGAACAUAGUUUACACUUAUGUUGUAGUCACUGUUUGCCUAAAAGCUGGCUUGGAAACAACUGCAUGGACUAGAUUCAGUCAUCUGGCCGUCUGGGGAAGCAUGCUGCUCUGGCUCGUCUUCUUCGGUGUCUACUCAGCCAUCUGGCCCACAUUCCCCAUUGCACCCGACAUGCUGGGGCAGGCUGGAAUGGUGCUGAGAUGUGGCUACUUCUGGUUUGGGUUAUUCCUCGUGCCCACUGUGUGCCUUGUUAAAGAUGUGGCAUGGACAGCGGCCAAGCAUACCUACCAUAAAUCUUUGCUGGAACAAGUUCAAGAGUUGGAGAUGAAGACAAGAGAGCUGGGAAAAGCCAUGCUUCGUGACAGUAAUGGAAAGAGCGUGAACGAACGUGAUCAUUUGUUAAAAAGGCUUGGCAGGAAAACUCCUCCGAGCCUUUUCCGUGCUCAUUCUGUCCAGCAAAGUGUAUCACAUGGAUAUGCGUUUUCUCAAGAAGAACACGGUGUUGUCUCCCAGUCACAAGUUGUUCGAUCCUACGACACAACCAAAAGGAGAACAGAAAUAGAAUAAAUGGUUCUUUGCUUGAUGGGUGGUGGGAAUAAUGGGAUUUGGAUCAGUGCAUCCACUCUUAACACAUUCUUGACUAGGGUUGUCAGCAGCAGCCAAGACACCAGAGAACUCAUUUCUGUGGCCUUAGCCAACACGUUUCUGUAUUCUCCCUGCAAACCUUGAGUAGUACAUGUUGUGGGGGGAAAUCAUUGUUUGACUUCAGUCGCAAAGCUCUGCCUAAAGUUUUGUUUAUGUUGUUAUGAAGCAUUUGACUGUGCUAUGUGAGGUGUGAAAUUAAAAACAAUGUUUUACCACUGUUUAAAGCAUCAGCAUAAGGUUGUUCUGGGAGAAAAGCUGAAAAUUUAUGUUCCAUGAGAAAUCAGCCUUUGCUUAAUUGGAACAGGGUGCUGAGAUUUCCUGUUUUGUUACAUACAGACCAGGAGCACGCGGCUGCAUGUAGACCUUAUUCCCUCCAGCAUUCACUGAUUACUAGAUUUGACUGAAAUAUUUAACAGACAAUUUGGCAUAAAAAUUUUGAUUGCAGUGGAAACACAAUCUGUAGCUAAAAAUGCUUAUUGCCUUCUUAUGACAGAAUAACACAAUAGCAAUGAAUUAUAUAGAAUACUUCUUGCCCUCCUACGGGAUUUAUUAGGGCUCUAUCUUAGCUUUCUGAAAACAGAUUAAUAGCUUACUCACACAGCCAGGCUGUGGGAGCUGGAGAGCUUGCCAGGCAGCUGUGUGGAGCACAUGGCAUUCUCACAUAAAGGAACUCACAUAGGUAACUGCAGGUUGUAUUUCGAUGAGUGCUUCAGAUUUAGCCUGGGAUUUUCCUCCAUUAUCCCACUCCCAUUUUAACAAUAGAAUGAACCAGUGGGGACAGAGAGGUGGAAGCUUCUCACAUCUGUAGACGGAAGAGUGUGUGCACGCACACGGGAGCCUUGUGCUGUGACCCUACAGAGGCGUUCCUCCAGCCAGGUGGGACGGGCAGGCUGGGGGAAGUUAGGAAAGGUUAACACGCAUGUUAACACGUGCACACAGAGCUGCUCAUUGUGGAGGGAAGACCUGCUGUUUGUUUGUGCGGCCAGAGCGGGCCCUUCUCUAAAGCAGAUCCGUCCGCAGGCUGCCCGCCCUCUGCAUGGCGAGCCCUGCGAGGAAUGCUGCCUUCACUGACUCGCUCUGUGAGUGGGGCAAGCGUGCUGCUGCAUACAUUGGCACUAUGGAAAAAGAGGGAAAACCGGGGCAUAACUUAAAGCUGAAAGAGCUCUUAGAAAGCUUAUGCUGUCCUCCAGACAAGUUCUAUUAAUUUUAGUCGCCAAGCCACGUUUCUGAAUAGCAUAAAGUAAAUACUGCUGUGUUCUAGCCAGGUUUUGUGGUUAAUGUAUAUACUACAUCUGUGCAUUUAAAAAGUUGGAGCUGUUUCUUGCCCUAUUGACCGUCAUCCAGAACUUUUGUUGAUUUAAAUAUAUCCGAAAGCAAUUUGAAUAUGAAUAUUUAUGCUUAGCAAAGAAAAGGAAAGAAGCCGGCCUGGCUCGCUGGCUUCAUCUCGCUGAUGGGCUGUGAGGGAAUGCCGGCGCUCCAGCGGCAGGCUGGUUCCCAAUGCCACCUCGGGGGCCCGAGUCCCCUCCUGUGUUAAGAAGGUUUGGCUCUUGCAACACCAGGCGGGAUUGCUCCUGGAUUAGGUCGAUGGCACGGAGGGAAAAGUCAUCGCCUUCUUUCUGCAGUGCUAAUGAGACAAUUAUGCAAUAAGGGGAAACUGCAAAUAAUUUUGCCAUAGGCGCGAAUGUCGAGGGGCCAAGUGUGUGCGUGCGUGUGUUUUUCUGGGAGAUUACUUUUGUUUAAAGGCAGGAAUUGUAGGGGAGAGAAUAAAUAAAGGAAGGCUAAACCUGAUCCCAGGAGCUCGCAAAUCUUAAUCCCGAUCUAACCUGUUAAACAGUUUCUUUCAUUUAGAAGCAAAAUCGUUUUAGGAAAUGUGAGGUGUCCUCGAAACUGCUAACUGCUUCUUCCUUUUGUAGCACCACAGGGAAAAUUAACUUCCCACUGAGACAACGUGAGAUCAGCUCACUCUUUGUACUCUAAGCCACACACUAAACAUCGGUACGUAAACAAUGUGGAGGUUUUUCUUGAGGAUACCAAAAAAAACUUCUAAAAACCUCUGAAUAAUGGAGGAGGGCAAAUAAAUGUGUUGAGCGGAGAACAGAAAGGAUCCCUGAGUCUUUUCUGUUCUUAACUUGGUCCAACAAACGUUUUACAGAGCCAGUGAGAGGUGCCGGGGAGGAGCAGCUGCCAUCCAAUGUGAUUCAUUUCGUUGGCGCCGGCCGUGGGCUGCAUCACUCUGACCUCGCUGUAAAUUGAGGUCGGGGGGGGCACAAAGACAAACCCUCCCUCGAGCGAGUGGGGGCUUGGAUUGAGGUGCGUGUGUUGGAUGUCAGCUCAAUGGGAAUUACACAUGGGGUUUGUCACACAGCUAUACAGUAUGUGACACCGGGGCUGGCGGGUCAGGCUUUAUCAUCGCUGUAAGGCCUUAAUCUCCAUCUGAGUUAAUCCUGCAGAGCCCACCCAGGUCAAGGCCUGGCAUUCUUCUUCUUCUUUGGAGUCAUUACAGGAAUUAAUCUGUUGUAAUACACUGUAGGCUGGAUGUUGGAGUUGCUUGCUGUUGUGAACAAUGAUUAGGUGUAUUCCAGCGUCACGUUAACAACAGGAGAAGGGCAGCUGUUCUGUAUCAACAGGAUUCCUCGUUCAUUAACACAAAUGCACGUAGCAAUAACAGUGGCCUUUGAAAGCGCUCUAUGGAGAUGUCAUCGGCUAGACAGGGUAGUGGAGCAGAAGGAAUGGGAGGUUUCUGCUUGACUGUCCAGAUUUAACUACCUGGGGUUGAGUAGAGAAGGGUUUCUUCGGCAUCUCUCUGCACUGACCACAGUGGUGGCGCUUGGUUCAGGUCAGGUUUUUUUUUUCAGUAUUCAGGAAGAAGUCACGAUUUUCCUGAGUUAAAUCUGGAUCUGGCUGCUCCCUGCUCCUUUUUGUAACACCAUCAUUUGCACACAAGCUGCCCUUCCUCUGGCAGCCACCCAGUAACAAAUGAGUGGCAGGGAGCUGAGCAGUGCUGAGCAGCACACGGACAUUUCCUUUUCCCUGCCAGGGCUGCAGGCCUUGCUGUUUGGGACCAGCUCGGGAAGUCAGGAAUUACUUGUCAAGCAGAAAUGGCAAAUAACCAAUAUGAGUAUCUGAGUCAAACUGAGCUGCUAAUGUAUCUGAAAUUGUGUCUGGAGAUAACACAAACUGUAGGGAUGUAAAUUAAGGUAGCAGUCAAGCCUCACUAGUCGGCACUUCACCAGCCCACACGCUUCUCCAUGCGUGCCAGAAGUGUGCAGGCUCGGCCUGCCCCGCCAGCAGCACACAGCAGACGCUGCACGGAAGGCCUCUGUUCCUAAGCCUGUGUGAUGUUCGCAGCGUGUACUGGAGCAUGUUGGCUGGGAGACAAUCGAUGCUCAUAAAUAAAGAAGGGAAUGCUUGGGUGGACCAGAGUAAGUGAGAUCUGGGGACUGAGGUGGCCAGGGGCACGCUGGGUGCAACUGGGCUGUCUGUGGACACCCCCAAGGCCCUGGGGGAGGCACAUGGUUCCCGUGCUGCUCCUGUCCCACAGCUUUUGUCCCUUGGGGCUAAAGCACCACCUCUGUGGUUUUGCAUCGCCUCCAGUCAUCAGUGCAGUAAUGCCCAAUUGAAAUUCUCCCCAGGUUUUAUAAAUAAUGACUUAAUUUUGUUUUUAAGUACUCUGGGGACAGUUCUGCUAUUAUGCCUCACAGCUCAGGUUUGAAGUGGAGCAGCCCUUGAGCAGGUGCUCACCCCCAGCAGCACAUUGGAUUUGUCAGCUAAAUCCCUGGUUUAAUGGCACAGAGGGUAUUUUACCUUAGUUUUGGAUCAUCGCAUUAUCAAUGCCUUAAACUUCCAUCAGUUUGCAGGGCACACUCCUGGCCUCUCACUGAGACUACUGCUCAGCAGGACACGACGAUGAUAGGAAACACCACAACAGGUCUUUCCAGCCAUACUGGCUUGGAGGAGAAAUUGGCUGUGUCUGUGCUGUAUCUGCUCCAUUUCGGCAGCAGUCUGCUUCUGCCCACAUGCUCAGUCUCCACACCACUGGGCUCAGGCUGCCUAAGAAUCUUCCGGCCGUUUCAGGACAGACCAUUGCACUCACCGUUGCCGGGGUCUGUGCUGUGGCUCAGCUCCUCGCAGUGCUCAGCCUCCUGGCCUGGCUGCACCGGUCCCUGCUCACACCGUCACAGCUGAAUGGCUGUUACAUGUAAGCACAUGCUGUGUCUGGAGGAGGCCGCAGGACCUGUCAGUGCAAUACAUGACAAAGGCAAGCCACAUACGGGUGCAAAGAAUAACUUAUCAUACCUUCACCUGGCAAUAAGAUGAAUGGAGGCUUUGAGCCUUGUUUGCGAAUGAAAACUAGAGAGUGCCCUGUGCUGCUUGGCUGCAAAGGUGCAUCCCAAAGGUGAUUGAUAGCUUCUCAGUGACCUGCAGACAGCCCAGAUGAUCUGAGCGUUAUCUGGCCUGCCAUCUGCUCUGGGAUGGGUGGUCGGGAAGGGUGAGGGAGCCAGGGUUGAAAUGGCUGGGCAGGGACUGCUGCGGCUGCUAGCAGGAGAGCAGCCAUCCUUGAAGAGCCAUGAUAAAGCUUCUUCCCUGGGUUCCUUCCUAGACUUCUGGGCUGGAAGUAGGCACGCUGCAGUGCUCUUAUCUCCUGAAGAUGAGGUCUCUCUGACUCCAAGCUGAGCUUGGAGGAAGGGAACACGUUGCUGCCAGCAGCCUCUGCUGUCCAGUGUAGGCACCAGUGGUUGGUUUGUGGGACAGCUCACAGGAUUGCUUGCUGGCUGUUGUUUGCCCCAGGGGCACACGGGGAGUGGAUGCUGGGUGGCUUCAGUUGUCCAGGGAGCAGACUUCUCAGGUAGAACUCAUCAGUGGUGCUCCUGGACUGGUUCCUGUCCCGUGGGCAGGUGGAGGGGCCCUGUUGGUCAGAAUAGCCGGCCUUUUCAUUUGAAGGCUGGUGGCUGUUUCAUGCCAAUUUAGGGCCUACUCAUCUGUGGUGUGGACAGAAGGUAAACAUCUUCUGAAACCUUCCUGUAUGCGUGAUGGUGAGACAAGCUCGAAAUCUGCAGGGUUUCUCUCGCAGCGUCUCUAUGGAUGCUGAAGCAAAACGUAAGUGGGUAAAGGAGUGAUUUGGUGCAGGCAAGCCCCCAGCUCAGGGCAGUCAUGCAAAGCCUAACAAUGAAGGAAAGCCAUAAUCUUGCCAAAGUGUCACCGUGCAUAACUGUGAGGUCAGCACCCCUGUAAUUACAGAGUGAUGAAGCUGAGGGAGAGAAAGCCAACACUGAGAGAAAGACGUGAUUGUUUUAGGUUCUGGCCACCUUACUGGGUGGCUUCCCUGAGAAGAUGUUCCAGAUGUUGUCUUGGCAUAAAUUAAUCCCCUUCAAAACAUCUGCUGGGUUUCUUGGAAAACAUGGAGUUGAACAGCUGCCGUGUGUGCUCUGCUUUGCCCUUCUGGUUGAUAUUCUGGUUUAGGAGGUGAGUGCAGACACACUGCUCUUACCUCCGGCAGCACGUAGACUGAAAGCAGCCCCAAGCAGCUCCCAGCUCUCCUCGAGCAGGGCCUGGGCUGAUCCCCAGCAGUGAAGCGGCUGAGCCCUGUGGAUCUGUGUGGGAAAACCUGCCCCAAAGCACAGCCUUCAGUCCGGGAGGUCCCACAUUCAGUGGUCUGAGUGGCAGGAUCCUUACUGACAUCUUUUUCAUCAGCGAGCGGAGUCGUGUGCCCACUUGUCUGUCAUAUCUGUGCUCAAAUUGCUUAAAUAUUGUUACAGAUGGAGAGGUUUUAAUCUGGGUAUGCAGCAUGGAGUGGUGCUGUGGGGGAAUGUCUAAUUGGCUCCCAGCAGAGCAGUGGGAGCUGGGUGCUGUGUGGGUUUUCCUCCAGAAGCCUUCCCAUUUUCACCUUCUAUUAAUGUCCUCUGGUCGUUUCAGCGCAGCAUCGCAUUACAGUGGGGUUUGUUUCCCUCCCAGACUGAAUACAAAUGAAGGUCAUUUACUCGUAUUUUUAGAAGGUUCUGACAACUUAGCAAAUUUGUAGCUUUGAACAGCAUUGUUGACUGUUGUAUGUCUGCACAAAAAUAUUUCCAAUAAACCUUUUACUAAAGCAA